CGAGCGACUGCGUGAGGUUCUGAGCACUGAGUAUGUUCCUGGAGUUCCUGAACUUUCGGGAAGGUUCCUGAAUACAGUCAGCGGAUACAAAAUGGUGGACUAUAGUAAGUGGAAGGAUAUCGAGAUUUCUGAUGAUGAAGAUGAUACUCAUCCCAACAUUGACACUCCCUCUUUAUUUCGGUGGCGGCACCAAGCUAGACUUGAGCGAAUGGAAGAACAAAGAAAGGAAAAAGAAGAAGUUGAUAAAGUGAAGUCAAGCCAUGAAAAGAAGUUACAGGAAGCAAAACAAAAGUUGUCAGAAGCUGAGAAAGUUGGAGCAGACUUGUCAGAAUUAAAAGCAGCUCUGCUGGAACUUCAGCGGGAGGGAGAGAAAAUUAAACAAAAGGAGGAUGAAAUUAAAAAGAAGGAGAAGAUAACACCAUGGAAUGUAGAUACAAUCAGUAAAUCAGGCUUCACAAAAACUGUCAUCAAUACACCACCCCGUAAAGAAGAUGAAAACCUUACAGAGGAGCAGCGGGAACAGCGAAUGAAAAAAUUUGUUAAAGAAAAUGAAAAGAUCUUAAAAAAAUUUGGAAUGUUGCGGCGCUUUGAUGAUAGCAGACGAUUCCUCCAAGAAAACCACCAUCUGGUUUGUGAAGAUACAGCUAAUUACCUAGUAAUAUGGUGCAUUAAUUUGGAAAUGGAGGAGAAACAUGACCUUAUGGAACAUGUAGCCCAUCAGUGUAUAUGUAUGCAGUACAUACUGGAGUUGUCAAAGCAGCUGGAUGUAGAUCCUCGUGCUUGUGUUUCUUCGUUUUUCACCAGGAUUCAGGUGGCCGAAGCUGAAUAUAAGAACUCUUUUGAUGAUGAGUUGCGUUCAUUUAAGGAGCGAAUUCGUAAAAGAGCAGCAGAAAAGAUUCAAGAAGCAGUACGAGAAGCAGAAGAAGAGGAGAGGAAGGCCCGUCUUGGACCUGGAGGUUUGGAUCCAAUUGAAGUCUAUGAAUCAUUACCUCAGGAACUGAAGAAAUGUUUUGAUGCUCAAGAUAUACCAUUGCUACAACAGACAAUUGCUAGUAUGCCUGAAGAGGAUGCCAGAUACCACAUGAAACGUUGCGUUGACUCAGGACUGUGGGUGCCUCAGAAGAAUGAUAGUGAUAAAGAAGCUGAACAUGACGCUGAGGCCAGUGGAGAGUGAAGAGAAGUGCCAAUUCCUCAUGAACUCUGGGCACAACCUCCUGAUGAAAGUUUAAAAGAAUUUUGUCAUGAACAGUGUUUAAAAUCAUUUCUGAAAAACAUAUAUAGUCGCUGCUAUGAUCCCAGGUCAAAGUUAUUGUUUCAUAUUUUAAUUAAACACAGAUACUGUAUAUAAUAGGUAUUAAUGUCAGGUUUAUUCUUGUACUACUUUGUUGAAUGAAUCAUCUGUGUGUACAUAAACAGAAAUGUACUAAAUAUCAGUGAUUAUCAUUGAAUGGGUCCAUUGGAAAUUUCAUUCAUUAGAAGUAUGCAGACAGAGACUGAUAGUAAAACUACAGUGAUGAAUAAUAUGUUUGAACAUCCUAUUGCAUUGAUGCAUCUGCUCUCCAAUUUACCUCCUCUAGCAUAACUUAAUACUGUUCACAGUCUCUUUAAUUUGAAAUAACAUUAAAAACACAUUGCUACAUGUUUCAGCCUUACUUGGCCAACUUUAGGCAGUUGUUCACAUUUUGAAACAGUCACUGCACUGCAGAAAACCCAAGAAAAUACAGUGGUUACACAUAAGGCUAUUCAAAAAUACAUCCAUAUAUAUAUAUGGAUGUAUGCUGUUUACACAGCCUUUAAAUGGAUGAGUCACAUUUUAGAUAAUAAGUAUUCAUCAACAGGUAAGAAUAAAUGUGUAUUAAGUAUUGUUUUAGUGUUAUAUUGAGUCAUGCUUUUUCAUUCAUGAAAACUUGAGAUCAAGUCGAUGAUUGGAAAUUUCUAUCCCAGCAUAAUAUGUGCUUUUCUGAAAGCUGUUGAUUUAUGGAGAUAGUACAUGUGUCUUGUGUAACAGUGUACAUCUACAUUGGAAAAUGUUCUUUGUUGUUUAUAAAGAACUUUAUUUAUGAAAAUAUAUAUUCAUAUGGAAGUGUUAAGAUCUCCAGUCUCUUAAAUAGACCUGUGCAAGAAUUAUGGGAUUUGAAACUCAUCAUUUUUCUAUUGCAGUGUAAAUACCUUUUUGCUGUCAGAUGGAUCACCCCAGAAAAUUAUUCCAUAUUUCAUUAAAUAGUUAUAGGACGCAAAAUAAAUUAAUCUGAGAGUGUGAGUGUUGCUGAUAUGUGUCAUAGAUCUAACUGCAUACCAUGUUGCAAUUGGUUUUGGAACCAACUGAUCAAUAUGGGUUUUCCAAUAUAAAUGAUUAUAAAUUUGUAAGCCAAGGAAUUUUGUAUGUACUGCCUCUUCUAUACAUUUAUCAUUGUAUCUAGAUUCAGAGACAGCUUGUUUGCAGAAAACAUUUACUCAUUUGAGAGAGUAGUUUGUAUUUGGUUAAUUAAAGUGAAUUCUAAGUAAACAGACUGAUAUCUGUGUGUGCCAAUUGUCAGGUAGGUAGUUCACAUUCCAAAGUGAUGUUUUAGGUGUUUCUGCAUAUUAUCUGAUGAGCUGUUAGAAUUCUAUCAAAUGUAUGAAUCUUACUGAGAGAAAAGGCACUGAUUGAAAACCUACAGGUAAUUACAGGUUAUAUAUAAUGACUUAUAUAAAAGGCAAGAAAAUGAAAUGAGAGCAGACUGACUGACUAAUUAUUCAUACCUUUUAGAUGCUGCAGAAUUGUAGUAGGUUUCAUUUACAAUCAUGAUAUUCAAAGAUUGUGUUGAUGUACUGUUAGUCUUAUAAACUAGUAUGCAUUUUA